AUGCUGAACUCUCAUGCUACUGGCCCUCAAUCAACGGCGAAGAUUGGAGUGAUGAGCUAUCCGUGUGGUAACAAAGAUGAUGCCCUGUUUGCCCACAGCUUGGUGGAAUUCUUUUCGCACUUUGCCGUCGCCAAAUGUUCCAGCCAUGAGUCUGUUGAUCUAUCACUGCCCAGCAAUCGCAGUGAUUCGCUUGGACUAGAGCUCCUAUCCCGCCAUCCAUCGCUCCCGCCGCGCAUUGCUACCGAAGGUCUUAUACCCACUCUCGCCAGCUAUCUGGACAAGAUCGCUUCAGCAGUCGAAUCAGCCAGUGCUGUGCGGUUGGCGCAUUCACCACACGACUUGUCGCUAGCUUCGAAUACAUGUGGCAUACCUCAAGCCCCAGCGACGCCCACCAUGCCACUGUCCAGCCUGGAGAAUAUCAUUAGGCAGGCAGACCCCCCAGGGCCGAGAGAGUUAUACCGGAUGGCUUCGAGCCUCAUGUUGUCAGCUUUUAAUGUGAGCAAAGCUGUUAAGGGUGCCAAGAGCGCCAAGGACGCCAAGGACGCCAACGUGCCGCGAAUCGGCACGGACCGCCCGACAAUUCCUAAAUCGUCCAUUGCUACUAGUCCUGAAUAUGUGUUUGCUACCUUUAUGUUUGGAGGACUCUGGUACUGUUAUGGCAGUCGUCCCUCGGUCGAGCCAAUUGUAGACAAUUGGUGCUCAUGGCUCAAUGACCGGAUUGCCGGUGCUAGGGCAGCGCCAAUCAAGAAUACUCCUUGGCUCGGCGCUAGUCAAACGUUGUUUACUGCCGAUACGGAGGCAGACAUUCUCGCGACUUUGUGGACUUUCGUAUCCCGCGGUGCUGGUAAUCUCCAGCCAACCGGGCAUCAGGCUAGCUUUGCCGAGUUCUAUUCCAUGAUGGCGCUUCGAGCAGGCGUCUGUUUCGUGGCUUACGAUGGCACCCUUCUAGUCGAUGUUGCUGUCGUCAUGCAAACAGGGGCCCAGAUUUCAAAUUUGGUAUACGAUCGUAUUACUGGUGACCAAAGAGGAGCUGCUAUUUUCUUCGAUUGCGAUAUGGGCAAAGCUUGGGCUGCUCGCUAUCUUGCAGCGGUCCGUUGGUAUACCCACUGCUCUCCUAGUGCCAUGGGAUUAAGCACAAUAGCCAGUACCUUAUAUGCAUACACAUCGAAACGCCAUGCGGCUGCGUACUGGAAAUAUGUUCGCCCACGACUCAUCCGCGCGCGGGGUCUUACGUCCAGCUUUGACUUGCCCGUCUGUACCUCCAGCUUUUGGUACGAUGGCGGGCUUGAAGGCUGCCACCCACCACCGCUCCAUCCAUGCAAGCACCAUCCACAACCCGUCUACGACUCCCCUAUAAUUGAUGCUAUCAACGCUGUGUCCUCAAUCACAGAGUGCGAAACAUAUGAACAAUGGCGCUCCCAUAUCGAUACAUCCGUUGCAAGUGUGGAUAGUUGGAUGCGUGAUCUAGCAAAUAAUGGCGAGAGAGAUGUCUUGCUCUAUGCCACACUAGGUGCUUCUUCAAGCUUCGUCAAUCUAUUGGCUAGUACUCUGACUGCUGUGCUGGGAUAUGAUUGA